AUUUGUUGAGCAACUCUUCAAACUAUUGAACAAUUCAUUUAAGAUUACUUACAAAAGCUAAAAUGGAGAAUGGUAAAGAGCAAAAUACGAGACGAGGAACUCGCCUCAUUCGCACCUCCACUUCGACCAAUUUCGAUUACAAUGUAUCAAUAAUAUUGGAUGAGUGGCGCCAAUUGAAGUAUAUAAGAAAUUUAAAUGAAGCCAAAGAAUGGAUGCCAAAAGAAAUGCCGCAAACGGCAAAGUAUCGGAAGCUAGUCGAAGGCCUGUAUGCAAAAGUGAAUAAAGAAAUACAUCGGAUGAAAGGGAAGCAAAGCUUUAUCUCCGAGCAUCUCAGCAUGAUGAGUUCGAUGCGUGGUACCCGAGCUAUGGGCGGAUUGAAAUUAACCAUCAGCGAUAUCAUGGAAGGGGUACCCAGCAUGACGAUGGUUUUUCGGGAAAACGAGCUGACUGGUACUCUAUCAAAUGUCUUACCCAUGUCUUCUACAAUUUACAGAUACAACGGUUAUAUUCAAAUAGUGCUGCGCCCAACUGAUUCUGUAAUGCUUUAUGAACAUAACAGUGAGACGGUGCGAAAGGGUACACCCGAGUCGGCGGAAGUGAUUGACGACAAUUUAGUAUACGACUACCUGACAAUGGGUGAGGGACGCUUGCGCGGACGCAGAGAUAGCGAAGCGCAAACACGCAGCGUAUUGCUUGUAAACGCCGCAGCCGCAACUGGACCUAUAUAUCAAAGGGACUCCAAUGACUUUACAUCAAGAUACGACAUUUAUGAGACAAUGCAUGCACAUAAACAACCGAAAAAACACAGCGGUCUCAUAAAAUGCCCGUCCAAAGCUGCAGAGACAUGUCUGAAUGCAUUGGCUCACAACAUAUCCUUUACCAGAGCCGUAAUGCGUGUCGAACGUGGAAUCUCGAUUAAUUCGCAUAUAAGAGGGCAGAUGCAUUAUCGCAAUUUAUUAAAACAGACGGGCUUACACGAAAAAGGCACAUACAACAUACAAGAGAUCUUCCGUUUCACCAAACCGCCUUUUGAAAAUCUGAAUCAACCAAUUAAGGCACGUAAAGCGGUCUCGGAUAUAAGUUUUUGCUUCGGCAAUGCCGAUCUUGUUGCUAUCGCUUACGGCGUUUACUCCUAUGCCGUACAAAUACCGGCAACGACUGGCAAUGUAUGUGUGUGGAGUAUUAAGAAUGUACUGCAUCCGGAACGCACAUACUCCUACAACUCUCCGGUAACGGCAGUGUCAUUCUCACCCUUCGAUCACUCACUCAUCGCAGUGGGCAUGGCCAAUGGUUGGCUGGAAGUGCGCGAUAUAAGCGUAGAAAAUAAUCCACCAUUGUCAAUUAUAAAUAGAUCAACAAUAACGGGCAAUGAUCCCGUUAUGACAAUUAAAUGGUAUUUGAAACCCGUUUUUCCAUCUCAAGGCUUCAAGCGCUUUAUAACUCUUUCACGAACUGCAGUGGUACGUAAAUAUCGUUUUCACAAUGGUCCACAUGUCUUCACCACGGAAUUGACACGUUUGAGUCGCGUACGUGGUGAAGUCGAAGGUUUGUCUUUGCAUGGAGAUGCCCCAGAGUUAGAUAAUCGUUCCGACAGCACAUUGUUCUGCUUCAACUUAACAUUGGAUCCGCUGAAUAAGGACUUAUACUACAUGCUGACCGAUCAGGGUUGCAUACAUAAUGGAUCAAUGACACUGGAGCACAGUUUCUCGUCGCCAUUACGCACACACAUAUAUGGAUCGGUCAACUGUAUGGAGUUUUCGCCGUGGUCACCGAAAAUAUAUCUCACAUGUGGAAAUGAUUGGUUCGUACGAAUUUGGAUGCUUGGCGUGACGGAACCACUUCUAGAGCUAACCCAUAAAAUGUUCCCCGUACAUUAUGCCGCCUGGAGCCCCACUCAAUCAACCACAAUAUUUUCGCUGACGCGAAAAACACUCGACAUAUGGGACAUACGCAAUCCAUUUCGGCCGAUCAAAUCCGUGAAUGUCGCCUCGAGUCACAACACCCUAUUUAAACCUUCACCGACUGGCACUGCCGUUAUGAUUGGUAAUGAGCAUGGCGACGUAAUUGUGUGUGGUGUGGGCGAAACCUUCAUUUUGCCCAAAUUUCAGUAUGACACGAUGGAGGAAGCAAUUUAUGCCGGAAUUCAGAGCGAGAGUCUUCGCCAGUUGGUAAAAGAAGCCGGAUUUUUCGGUUACGAAAACAAAAGUAAUCGAAGAAUGUUUCCAGCGGUUUAUGCACGUAUUUGAAAUUCUUGAUCUUAAAUAUGUUUU